CACCGCCUGCUCCUGGCAAACCCCUGGAGCACAUCGUCUCGGCAGCGCAUCCACACGCAGCCUUCUCCCUCCGUGCGUCCUCUCCUCCUGCGCGUGCGACUCGCUCUCGGCCCUUUCAGCCCGCGUCUUCACCGCUCCGCUCGGCUCCUCCGCGCGACCCCGGCUCCAUGGAGCGCUACCAGGCGGCGAUGGUGCUGGGCGGCGUGGGCGACGCGCUGGGCUACCGCAAGUUCUCGUGGGAGCACUCGCUGUCGGGAGGCGAGAUCCAGCGCGAGCUGCUGGAGCUGGGCGGCCUCUCGGCGCUGGUGCUCACGCCUGAGUCGUGGCCCGUGAGCGACGACACCGUGAUGCACAUGGCCACGGCCAAGGCGCUCGUCUCGUCGUACCACUCGCUGGGCGAGCUCUUCCAGGAGAUGUCGCGCCAGUACGUGACGGGCGCCGACAGAAUCCUCGACCGCUGCCCGGACCCGGCCACCAUCGAGGGCUGCUCGUUCCUCCGCCCCAAAAACCCGCAGCUCGCCUGGCACAUCCCCUUCAACGAGAAAGGCACGGGCUUUGGAGCGGCCACCAAGGCCAUGUGCAUCGGCCUUCGCUUCCCGCGCCCCGAGCAGGAGGAGACCCUGGUGGAGGUCAGCAUCGAGUGCGGCCGCAUGACCCACAACCACCCCACGGGGUUCCUGGGCUCGCUGUGCACGGCGCUCUUCGCCUCGUACGCCGUGCAGGGGAAGCCGCUGGCGCGCUGGGGGCGCGACAUGCUCGCCACCGUGCCGCUGGCGGAGGAGUACUGCCGCAGGAAGGUGCGGCACAUGUCCGAAUACCACGAGAACUGGUUCUACUUCGAGACCAAGUGGCUGUCGUACCUGGAGGAGCGCGGCAUCGGCGCGGAGGGGCAGGACUCGCCGCAUUUCCCCAGCAACUACGACACGCAGGCUCGCGACCAGGCCUACAAGCAGUGGAGCUCGGAGGGCCGCGGGGGCCGGCGGGGCCACGACGCGCCCAUGAUCGCCUACGACGCCCUCAUGGCCGCGGGGCCCAGCUGGGCCACGCUGUGCGACCACGCUAUGUUCCACGGCGGCUACAACAGCAGCACGGGCGCCGUGGCGGGCUGUCUCUUCGGGCUGCUGUACGGGAUGUCGGGAACCCCGAAAGGCCACUACGAGCAGCUCGAGUUCCGCGCCGAGCUGGAAGAGCUGGGCGCGAAGCUUCACGCCAAGAGCCUCAGCAAGGACCGCGACCCGCAGUAGCGGGGCCACCGUGGUGGUGGUGGUUUGGGGCAAGGGUCUGUACCCACCUCCUGGCCCAACCUACAGGGUGAGCCCUCACGUCCGGAUUCACAGGGGGAGGACGCCUGAGCUGGCAUGGAGCUGGCAGGGCAAGAGUGGGGCAUGUCAUACAAGUUGAACCCUUAUGCCAAACUCAAUGGCGUGACAUUAUCAGCUCAGGGGGUGCGGCAAUCGGUCAUGUGGGGCCUCAAUACUGUUGAAAACUUACAACACGGUGGGUGUCAAGGGGGCCCCAACUCGUAAGGUCAGGUGGGGCCUCUCAAUACUGUUGAAAACUUACCUCACGGUGGGUGUCAAGGGGGCCCCAACUCGUAAGGUCACGUGGGGCUUCAAUACUGUUGUAAACUUACCACACGGUGGGUGUCAAGGGGCCUCAACUCGUAAGGUCAUGUGGGGCUUCAAUACUGUUGUAAACUUACCACACGGUGGGUGUCAAGGGGCCUCAACUGGUCAGCUUAGGCCACCAGUGGCGGUGAGGGCAAGGCACCCCCUCCCUCCACGCCAGUAACUCAACUGCCCUCACCUCGACACAUCAUGCGUGUUUGAGAACAACCCACAGGAAGGCUUUGUCACAAACUUCUUGCAGAGAUCCCGUCAAAGAAGGAAUCUCUGCAGAAGUCCGCCCCCUAGCGUGGCUAUCUGUAGCCACGCCAGGGGGCAGACUUUCCCGCACGAUACAAUAAAGAGAACAACGUGAAUUGCAUGGCAAUCAAAAGCAAUGCUUUUUUGAUUCUCGAAGCGGGAAUUUGACUAAAUUUGACACAUCGCACCCAAGCGAUUUGACGUUGUGUGCAGUCAUCGGUAAUCGGAGUGGCACCAGCAGCUGGAAACAUUGGAGGACCCAGUUUAAUCGCGGGCGGACAAUAACUCGGACUUGGAUCCAGGAUCCCAGCAGUGUUGGCUCAGAGCCACCCUCCUGGCCAAGUCUGUACCUAACCUUGGCUUCAGUGGCAGUGAAGGUUAGUUUUUGGCCAAAUAAUUGGAUUGAAUAGAACAUAUGCUCAUGUGCCAUCUGCCAAGCAACAAAAUCUGGUGUGAACAUACGAUGCGUCCACUCGUGUCUCACAUGCUCUAAUAGUGCAUACACUGUAACCAUGUUUUCAAUUUCGUGUGUAAUAUGCAAAGUGCUUUAUAAUAAAAAUUUGAAUUCACUUAA